AUGCACAAUAACAGAGACCACUUUCCACUGCCGGACGAAUAUUUCCCAGAGAUUCACCUCACGGCAAAGGAGAUAGAGAACUAUGAGUCACAGAUGCAGGAUAUUGUCAAGACCGCAUUGACUGAGUACGAACUGCAUGAAGCAAAAGGAUUGAAUCCCGUUUACCGUCCGCCUUGGAGUCUUGUGAGCAAGGUGGAAGGUCUCACUACGAUCAAGAAGGACACACCCGACAGCUCUACGGCCAGCACAGCACGUAUCUUUGGCCGCAUAAAUGGCGACUACCGCCAAUUCAUUGACUUUUUCUACGCUGAAACAUCAGCCGAACUAUUUGCGUGGAACCAGAUCAUGUUUGGAUAUGCCACGGACGCAGCUGUGCUCAAAAACAUAUACACCGUGGCGUCCAAACAAAAGUGUUUGUACAUGGGCAUCAAGUGGACAUGUUUGAAUCCGUCGCAGCUUGUCAAGAAGCGAGACAAUUGCUACAUGGAGUAUCUUAUCUACACAAAAGAUCUACGAGGCCGUGACGUAGGCAUCCAGGUGACGAUGCCGCUGGACAUCCCUGAGUGCCCGGAGUUGCCGAAGAAGCUCAAGACAAAGCGUGUACGACUGAGCACAGUUUGGAUCUCCCGACCUGCUGACCGCAACGCCAAUGUCACCGAGUUUUUCAUGCUCUCGCACAACAAUUUCAACGGUCUAGCCGUCACCGCAAGUUCCUACAAGCGCAUGAUGAACAUUCUCAUGAGCAUGUCGGUCUUUGUAGAUUCCCGACGAAUUCUGAUGAAGGGAGUAAUGGCGCGGAAGAGUUGGGCAAAGCCUGGUUCGCGCAAAUGUUGCAGAGUGUGUUCGCGCAAGUUUGGACCGACUCGUCACCGCCAUCACUGUAGACUGUGCGGAGACCUCAUUUGCCGACGGUGUGUCAUCGUUCGUAACGCCCGUAAGGACGAGGGAGUAGACACCACGUCGAAAGCAGAGAGGACGUUCGAGAUCGUCAAGACAAAGUUUUGCGUUAUUUGUGUGACGAAGAUGCGUGAAUCUUGUAAGAACAUGUUGGUGCCGAUACCUUUACCAAGCGGCAAGUUAUCCGUUGUCGACUGCGACGAUAUCGAUUUUGCUGAUUUCCGGAACUCGACCAUCUCUGAGACUGAAUCUGAAGGCGGCCAGAAUUCUUACUUCUCCGAAACGGGAAGCAGUGAGACAUCACAAUCACUGCAAUCGUCACCAAAAUCAGCCUCGGACUUUACUUUAUUUGAUGACAAGGUGCAUUUCGUAUCAAAGCUUGAUAUGAUCAGAGACCGAUCUGUGGCCACUAUUGCGGACGCAAGAAUGACCGCCAAUGAACUUAUUGAAGAGGAAGUGGCGGAGAUUAUUGACACGACAGAUAUGAUGCCGGUCUCGUCCAUCGAUGCCUUAAAUCGAAGUGGAACCUCAUCAAAUGAAGAAGUGGAUAGCGACUGUAGCAAAACAAGCUCAGGCAGUGGCUCAAGUUGGCAUUCGCCCGGUUCCAAGAACUCCCCGCGGUCCCUUGACCAAUGUCUCGCAGAGCAGGAAGAACUACUGCGGCGCAUGAUACUCUCUGCCAGUGGAGUGCACCGUCAGAACACCGCUACAGAUCCAGGAAGUGAGAGCUUUUGCUCUACCCGUGGUGCUCAGUUGACCUGGUCGCGUCCCGAUGUAACACUCUAUGAGGGCUAG